AAUGCAUGAAGAUGAUUAUGGGAAAGAUUCAAAACCUUAUCUCUGACGACUCAGCCUCCGUCGUCAAUUUGGACCAAGGGAAGAACAAUAGUGGAACUUUUAGAGUUACUGGUAGUUUUAGGAAAAGGAAGAAAAGGGAUAUUGGCAGUAGAAUUUACAUGGUACAAGAGAAAAUGCACGAUGGACGCCAAAUAUUUUAUAAUCAAGACACCAAUUCCUCCAAAAGGGACCAAAAUGUAAAGGAACAAAUUCAAACGUCGGCAAUUUCAACGGCAAUCUCUAAAACUCACCAAUCUAUAGAAAAAUCUGUAACAUGCUCAACUAAUCAUUCACAUCUAGCUCAUACCAAUAAUAAAACUAAUAAUUUAGUUAACUUUAAAUCUAAACGUUUCAAACGUGAUUUGGCGACAUCGUCGAUAGAAGCAACUACAGACAGUACUGAUGUUAGUACUCAGAACAGUACAAUCAUUUGCGAUGUAACUUGUAGACAUCCAGAAUACAUAGUUUUUACUUGGGUAUUAUGUAUGAUCGCGCUAGCGACUGCUUUAAAAUUGUAUUACCUCGUAAAGCUAUUUAUGGCGAGCCUUAUGGUUGGAAUUUAUACGAUUCUAAUUUUGGUACCAUACAAACCAAUUUUUGACAGCGUAAAUGCUAUUGCUAUUGGUGACGUAAUAGUAAUUCCUUUGUCAGCUCAGAUGUUGAUAUUGCUGGUGGUUUUCUGUUUGAUGGUCGCUUAUCAUGCGCGAUUGGUAGAAGUCACUUCUCGGUUAGAUUUUUUAUGGAAGCAGCAAGCUGAAAGGGAAUUGACUGACAUGGAAGAAACAAAACAGAAUAACAAGCAAUUAUUAAAGAAUAUUCUACCGGAACAUGUUGCUAGACAUUUUUUGUCUAACGAUAGGAAUAGUGAAGAAUUAUUCUCCCAGUAUAGAGAGGAAGUUGGAGUACUGUUUGCUACGAUUCCUAACUUUACCGAUUUUUAUUCGGAAAAAAUCAACAAAGGCGUCGAAUGUAUAAGACUGCUGAAUGAGAUUAUAGCGGAUUUUGAUGAACUUCUAGAUGAUGAGAGAUUUAACUGUAUAGAGAAAAUAAAGACUGUUAGUGCAACGGCAACUUAUAUGGCCGCAUCGGGUUUGAAUCCUACACAUCAGACAUCUGACAAAAACUCUGAGGGUGUGCACCACUUAUGCGCUCUGAUAGAUUAUGCUAUGUGUAUGAAGGACAAAUUAGAUGAUAUCAAUAAGGAUUCUUUCAAUAACUUCGGACUCCGAAUAGGAGUUGCUUGUGGCUCUUUGGUUUGUGGAGUUAUUGGUGCCAGGAAGCCGGUAUUUGAUAUAUGGGGCGAUACAGUCAAUUUAGCCUCCAGAAUGGAUUCGACAGGCUUAAUUGGAUACAUACAAGUUCCUAAAGAAACAUCCCAGUACCUUCACCAUAUAAGGCUUCUAUUUGGUUAA